CUAAUAGUAAGAGUGAAAAUUCUAAUGGUUUAGAUUUUAUUUCUCUAUGGGAGCCUCUAGGCACGAGAGGAUUCCAAUACAGAAGAACAGACAGACUUGGAAGUAAACUCUGCCCCAUCAGAGGAGAGAGGAAAAGAGACAGAGUGAUUUUAGAGAGAAAGAGCGACUCUGUAGAAACACAUGAAUUGUUUUCGUCGCGCUUUGUUGUUAUGAUAGCUUUCUCUUAGCAUCUGAAGAAGGCGAAUAAAGAUUAAAAGGGUGUUUCUUGAAAUAUAGUUUUAAGGAUUUAUUCUCUGAAACAAGAAGCAACAAGAAGAAGAAACGAAGAACAAAAGAUGGAGUUAUCUGAUUGCUCUAAUGAAUAUGAGAAGCUUGUUGUACGGAUGAACAUGCCCAGGGUCGUGAUUGACAAUGGAGUUUGCCCUAAUUCAACUGUCGUCAAGAUCGAUAGUGCAAGAAGCCCAGGGAUAUUGCUAGAAUCUGUACAGCUUCUCACCGAUAUGAAUCUUUGGAUAAGGAAAGCUUACAUUUCCUCUGACGGAAAAUGGAAUAUGGAUGUUUUUCAUGUGAGCGAUCUGUACGGCAACAAAUUAACCGACGAGAACCUAAUCCGUUACAUAGAAAAGUCGAUCGAGACGUCUCAUUACACUAAAAGCGAAAGUUACACCGGUUUAACCGCUCUAGAGCUAACCGGAACAGACAGAGUUGGUUUACUCUCAGAGGUUUUCGCGGUUUUAGCUGAUCUUUCAUGUGAUGUUGUUGAGGCUAAGGCAUGGACGCAUAACGGGAGGAUCGCGUUGAUGAUCUAUGUUAAAGAUCGUAACUCCGGUACUCCUCUAGACGGAGACCGUGUCCAACAUAUAGAAGGGCAACUACGUAACUUACUAAGAGCAGACGAUGGGUACCAAAACGACACGUGGACAUGCGUAUCAUAUGGUGGAAAUACCCAUAUGGAGAGGAGGUUGCAUCAGAGGAUGUUUAUGGACCGUGACUACGAGAAGAAGUUUGACUACGAGACAUCUCCGAUCGUUUCGGUACAAAAUCUUCCGAAACGUGGUUACUCUGUCGUGAAUUUGCAGUGCAAAGAUCGCAUGAAGCUUUUGUUCGACGUUGUUUGCACGUUGACGGAUAUGGCCUACAUUGUGUUCCAUGCGGCGAUUAGAACGGUUGGAGAAACAGCGUUUCUGGAAUUUUAUGUAAGACAUUGUGAUGGCAAUCCGGUUAAUUCGGAACCGGAGAGACAACGUUUGAUCCAAUGUUUACAAGCCGCAGUUGAAAGAAGGACGGUUAAGGGUGUAAGAUUGGAGUUAUGCACGGCGGAUAGACCAGGAUUGUUAGCGGAAGUAACACGAAUAUUGAGGGAGAAUGGAUCAAACAUUGCUAGAGCCGAGAUAUCGACUAAAGACGGUAUAGCCAAGAAUGUGUUCUAUGUCACAGAUGCAAAUGGCAACCUUAUUGAUCCCGAGAUAAUCGAAUCCAUUAGAGAGAAGAUUGGAAUCAAUGAUCUAAGUGUUAAAGAACAAUUCCCGAUUAGUUGCCGAGAGGAAAUUGAGAAGGAACAACAACAAGAACCGCAAAACCACCAAGGACAAAAUGGAGGAGGGACGGUGUUGGUUUCACUUGGGAGCCUGGUGAUGAGAAAUCUAUACCAAUUGGGUUUGAUCAAAUCAUAUUUUUAGGAAAACUAAACCGGGUUACUAACCUGUCCAUAUAUACCAAUUCAAUAGUGUUUGUUAUUUACCCACGCGGUUGAAUUGGUGUAUUUGGAGCAGAUAGUGAAACGGUAUUGUAUUUAGUUUGGGGUGGGUGGCAAGGCAAGUUUGGUAUUGUUGUUGUACGUAAUGAAGGUGGGAAGUUAGUUAAAAGUUUGGUGGUCGGUCUUCAUGUUGGACCAAUAGGUAGUAGAAGGAUAUUAGAUUGUUAGGUCUUCGUACAUUUAUUCUUUUUAUAUGUACAUAUAAUAUAUAUAACCUAUGGUUGUUAGAUCAUUAGCUUGUCAAUAGUAGUAAGUCAUUGUGUUAUGUAAAUAAUAAUUUAGUUAUGGGGUUUGUUUUACGCAAGGAGACAUACUGGUCCUACAUGUGUGAAUCUAUCUGAUUAAUUUGUUUUGUUU